UCCAACAAAGCCGUUGCUACGGAGACGAACACAAACACACCACCGACACUUGUCAACGGUGUUGUGCAGUCUGGUAUCAAAGCAGUGGAGUAAGAAAGAGAAGAGGGGGAAUCAUGCCAAAGAAAAGAGGAGGAAGUAAAGGAGGAGCGAAGACGGAGGAGGAGAAGCUGCUGCUCCUGCAGCAGAGAGCUCAGGCUGAGGAGGAGAUGGCCAAGAAGAGAGAGGAGAUCCUCACUCUAUUUCUCAAGGACAAGCUGCAGAAGGAGCAGAAGAACACCGCAGUGAACCUGCUGAAGCUGAACGAAGGCUGGCGCUCCAUCCUGCGCCAGACUCGAGCCGCCGAGCUGCGCCGGGACAUCGCGGUGCUCAGCCAGACGUUUGAGAGGCAGCUGGACGGCCUGGACAGCGUCGUCAAGAAUCUGGAGCGCGACCUGCAGGAGGCGGAGCGCCAGUCGGCCCACGUGAGGCGUGUCCACCUGCAGCAGCUGGAGCUUCUGCGGGCGCAGCAGGACCAGCGGCUGGUGUUUGUGCAGCAGCAGUGGGAGGACGGCCUGCAGCAGCUGGGAGCCAGGUUCGGCCUCGAGAGGAAGCAGAUCUCGUCCCACUGCCGGCAGCAGCGAGCCGAUCUGGCGGACGCAAAGUUCACCGUGGAGCAGCAACACAAAGCCGUGAUGAACGAGAUCCACAGACUGUACAGUGAAGGCAUCGCGGCGUACGAGAGCGCUCACGAAGACAGGAAAGCGGCGCUGCUGCUGGAGAACAAGGGCACGCUGAGGGAGAAGCUGCUGCAGAACCAGGAGGCCGAGCAGCUGUGCAGUGCCGAGACUCAGCAGCUGUCCCUCCUGCUCUUCAGAACGCAGGAUCUGGUGGAGAAAACCAACGCAGACAUGAGGAAGGUCAAGACGCUGCAGGACACGGUCAUCAGUCUGCGGGAGACGCUGACCUCCAGUCAGACGGAGAACUCGUCGCUGGAAACCAACCUGUCGGCCGGCAGGAACCAGGUGAACACCAAGACUCACGAGCUCCGCGACCAGCUGGGUCAGGCGCACGCCGCCGCCAGGAAACAGCUGACCCAGCUCACCGUCCAGAGCGACAUCGCCGCCAAGAAGCUGCAGGCGCUCAUCGCCAAGGGUCAGAAGGUUUUACGAGUGGCUGAAAUGUGUCAUAAGCUGGAGAGCGAGCAGAGGGAAGUGUUGUCGUCAUUAUUCUGGUCAGAGGAGCUCCAGAGAGCCGAAACGGAGAUGCAGUCGGAGACAGAGGAACCAGUGAAGGACAUGUGGGAGCUACAGCAGGUGACUCGGCUCAUCAACGGUGCCGUGCUGCAGCGAGCGGAUCUGAAGAAGCAGCGAGAGGAUCUGAGCCGAGAGAACCAGCAGCUGAGGGAUCUGCUGCGUCAGCACCUGGACGCCAUGACCGUCAGCGGCGCCGACGCCGGCGAGCACCACGCCUUGCUCGCCGUGUGCCGGGCGCCGACCACCACCGCCCAGCCCAACGCCGACAGACGGCACACCGUCAUCGAGGCGGCGCACGCCGUCAAACAUGCACUGUGACACAGAGAGAGAGAGAGACGGUUACAUCAUCACUAUACUUUGUCAUUUCAUUCCAAUAAUCCAUUUCUUUCUUUCUUGAAAUAUUUAAAAAAUAAACUCCCUGAUG